GGAGCAGUGAUGUCUGUCGAGUGGGUGAAGAGCAAGCAUGCAAAGUCAGUGUGCAUGCCUUCAUCACGGCCAAUAAGCUUGUUAGAGAACGUCACGCCUGGCAGCAGGCCACACUUCUUCAACCAGAAAAUAGACGCAAGGGAUCCAGAGAAGAAUAUACCCUUGACGGCGGCGAAUGUAACGAGGCGCUCU